AUGGCGCAAUCGCCCGCGAGGGAAUCAGCCGCAACCAAGUCGAUCGGCGAAUUCGAGAUCGUCAAAACACUCGGCCAUGGCAGCUUCGGAAAAGUCAAGCUCGCCAAACACAAACUCACCCGGCUGAACGUCGCCAUGAAGUUUCUAUCCAAGAAGAAGAUCCUCACCCAGGAGAUGAGGGAUCGGGUCAAGAGAGAAAUCGAGUAUCUCAGCUUUCUCAGGCACCCUCACAUCAUCAAGCUAUACGAUGUCAUUCAGGAUAAUACGGAUAUCGUCAUGGUCAUCGAGUACCUCAAGGGCGAACUGUUCGAUUAUAUUGUCCAUGUGGGCAAAAUGCCCGAGCACGAUGCCAGGCGGUUCUUUCAACAAAUCAUCUGUGCUGUCGAAUAUUGCCAUCUACACAACAUCGUCCAUCGCGACUUGAAGCCUGAGAACCUGCUACUAGAUCACAACCUCAACGUCAAGAUCGCCGACUUUGGUCUGUCGAACAUCAUGCGCGAUGGUGAUUUCCUCAAGACAAGCUGUGGCUCCCCAAACUACGCCGCACCCGAAGUGAUCAGUGGCAAGUUAUACGCCGGCCCCGAGAUCGACAUCUGGUCCUGCGGGGUCAUCCUGUUCGUCAUGCUAUGUGGGAGGCUCCCGUUUGAUGACGACCAUAUCCCGAUGCUGUUCAAAAAAAUUAACAGUGGACUGUACUCACUACCCCCUCAUCUCUCAUCUGGAUCAAGACAUUUGCUCAGUCGGAUGCUAGUAGUCGACGUCAACAAGCGGAUCACCAUCCCCGAAAUUCGCGAACUUGACUGGUUCAAACAGGAUCUUCCAGAGUAUCUCAAACAAACCGCGCGACCCAUCAUCGUCAACCUUGACGAAUCCCGGAAAAGCAGCAUCUCCGACACGCCCGACCCCUCCCACCAAGCUCAACACGAACCUGAAGAUACCAGCCCGAUCGAUUCAAAUGAGAUCCGUGCACCUGGACUGGGAAUCCUCGAUCCGAGGGUGAUUAAUGACCUCUGUAACUUGAUAGGCGACAGGAUCACAGCCGAUGAUAUCUACAAUGCCUUGAUGAACGAUCUUGACAAGAAUAUCAAGAUUUCAUACCAGCUUGCUCGAGAUUACAGAAGAAUGAAGGAAGGCACAGCGUACAUGGACGAUGUCGCACACUCAAACGAGGCCCCCUUGGGACGCUCCAACUCGCUCAGAAGCCGCGGACUCUCGACAUCUCUCAACGCUCCCCAGUCGCAAAGUAGUACGACCGGCGAAUGCCCACUGAAUGCGUCCCUGGACUUGCCUGAGGACACCGGACCUUCGCAUAUCCGAAUCCUUCCCCAUACGCUGCCGCCGACAGCAGUGUCUGGACAAGGCGACGGCCUCUCACGCUUGAAGCAAAGCUUAAUGAACACCCAGUCCUCGCCCCUCAACAAUCUCAAUAAACCGUUCACACCCGCCGAGCCCAGCAAACGGCCGACCGAUCGGGUCGCCGAAAGCUCCCAUCGCACCUUGACUGGGAGCGGGAGGGUCAAGAAGGCACCCAAGACCAAAUGGCACUUCGGCAUCCGCUCCAAGUCGCCCCCAAUGACGGUCAUGUUGGAGAUCUAUCGCACCUUGCAGACUCUCGGAUUCGAAUUCAAGCGCAAGGAUCUCCACUCUAGCGCGCUCGAAGAGCCGCCUGAAGAAGCUCCAGCUGAAAGCGAGGGCGAGAAAAGGAGGAGACGAAGGAAGGCCGAGGAAGAGAAAGUCAAACAAGCUCAAGAUCUUUACUUUAUCGAGACUCGCUGCAGAUUAGACAAUGUCGUAGUGAGGAUGGACUUACAACUAUACCAAAUCGAAGUGAACAACUACCUCGUUGAUUUCAGGAAUCUGGGCUACAAGCCGAUCGAACCCUCGGCCCAAACAGCGACGACCCGGGAAGAGGCUGCGGCCAAUAGGAGACGGGCGGCGAGCAUGGGCGGCGGGGCGACGAGCUCACCUUUCCUCUUCCUGGAGUGUGCGUGUAGAUUGAUCGUCGAAUUGGCCGUCGGGCCUUCUGAGUCUUGA